ACCUAGGGUCAAAGGGGGGAAUUGUCUGAGAUUUAUAAGUUAACUCUGUUAGAUUGAACGGGUCAGUCAGUGUUGUAUAUCCAAAGAGCAAACAUAUCAAGGAUCCAAGUUAUUUCAUAAGAAAACAUUUUUCAAUAUGUCUGCCAAAAUGAUGUUACGUGACCAGGUUACUUCGAUUAUUGAUCCCUCGGAAAAGCUUCGACCGGAGCCAGUAUACGAUGGAAAAUUGAAAAGUAAUUUUAGAAACUAUAUCAUAGAUCCAACAGAUGAGAUCAAGGAACGUGUACGCAAGACUUACGAGAACAUGCAUACUAAUCAAACGGUCGAGUUUGUGCGUUCUCGUAUGAAAGAAUGGCUACAAUUCAACAAAGCCAGAUUGACGAUUAAAGAUGCUCUUAUCAAAUUAAAUGAUCUAAUCGAUGAAAGCGAUCCAGACACAAAUUUACCGAAUAUCGUUCAUGCUUUUCAAACGGCCGAAUCUAUAAGAAAAGAUCAUCCUGAUUUAGAUUGGUUCCAUUUAACUGGACUGAUACAUGAUUUAGGAAAGAUUAUGGCGUUCUAUGGGGAACCACAAUGGGCUGUUGUGGGUGAUACAUUUCCUGUUGGUUGUGCAUGGGCUGAUUCAAUAGUCUACAGGGACACAAGUUUUGAGAAUAAUCCUGAUGGCAAAGAUUCUCGUUACAAUACAAAAUAUGGAAUAUACGAACCUCAAUGUGGUAUAGACAAUUUAAUGAUGUCCUGGGGUCAUGACGAAUAUCUUUAUCGUGUUAUGGUUCAUAAUAAUUGUAAAUUACCUAAGGAAGCACUUGCUAUGAUUCGUUAUCAUUCGUUUUACCCCUGGCACGCUGGUGGUGAUUACAUGCACUUUUGCACACAGAACGAUUUGGAUAAACUGAAAUGGAUCAUUGAAUUCAAUAAAUACGAUUUAUAUACAAAAAGUGCCGGCGUACCGGAUAUUGAGAAAUUAUGGCCUUAUUAUGAGAAAUUGAUCGACAAAUAUAUUCCUGGGACGUUAGAAUGGUGAAUCGGAGAAUAAUUGAAAAAAAAAAAAAAAUGACACGAGCUACACUUAAUGAA